AUGCUACCCCUCACGCACCUUCUUUUGCUCCUCUGCACCAAGGCUGCAAGCGGAUUCUACCCCAACCAUGAAUCGGGGGACGUUGCUGCUACUGACUUCACAGAUGCUGACAUCACAGAAAAGGGGGUGAUAAAAGCUGUCACCUGGUUCAUGGAAAGGUACCCCCUUCCUGGAAAGCCUCUGAUGAAGAAAGGAUCACUAGCAAAUAAGACUCCGACUGAAUUAUUCAAGGCCUAUUUCGAAGCUGAUGUCUCCCCCAGUCGAUUCAUGAGCGCCCUUAAGGAAAUUAUCGAUGGCAAUAACCAAGUGGAGAUCCAUCACGCAGAGGACAGCAGCUUCUUCUUCCACUGUGAAGAGAUUGCAAAAAGUAUCAAGCAGCUUCGAGCUUUGAGAGACUCUAUGUUCUCCAGUCUGAGAAAAAAAGAACCAGAUUUGGAAGCAGCUCGCCUGAGUGCUGGGAAAGCCAUCCAUGUGCUCCAAAAAUUCUACAGUAACACUAACUGGGUUGAAAUGGGAGAAACCUUACCCUAUAAAUACCUGAUAAAUGAAGAUGAAGAUACUGUACCUGUAGCAAAACGUUCUGAGGGAACAUGCAGAAACUGCAAGAAAGAUAUAAAUGACAUCUACUCAUGUAAGGAUAACCUAUUAGUGACUGACAAGCUCACCAGUGGGUACAAGACAUCAGCAACGUGCAGGGAGAAAUUGCAAGGAAAAUGUGGACAUGGUGGGAAAGAUGAUGAGAACCAAGAUAGGCCUCCCACUGGAGGCAUUAACAAAGCGACUUCCAACCCACUGCUCUCACCACAUUUUCAUUUGCAUAAACAAGCAGCUGAACUAGCAAUACAAGCCACAAUGGACUUCUUUGUAGGAGAUGAUGGUAGUCUCUUAAGAGAACUGGGUGACAAAAUUUUCAAGGCGUUUUUCAACAUGGAAGGCUACUCCCUCACUUUUGUGAUAGACACGACCAGCAGCAUGGAAGAUGACAUUGCUGAAGUCAGAGCUACUUGCAUGAAAAUACUCCAGAAUUACUCCACUUCCCCUGAUAAACCCAUCAACUACAUUCUUGUGCCCUUCAAUGAUCCAGAGGUUGGGCCUGUCAUGAAGACUGACAAUGUACAUACAUUUGCGACUUAUAUUGAUGGCCUCAUUGUUGCUGGUGGUGGUGACUGUCCGGAGAUGUCAUUAACGGGUCAGAAAUUAGCUCUGGAAGAAAGCUUGCCAAGAUCCAAAAUCUUUGGCUUUACUGAUGACCUUCCAAAGGAUGAACACCUGGAGAAUGAGAUCAAAAGGAUCAGUGAUACUAAACGGUCAUCUAUUAGCUUCGUUGUCUCAAAGGCUAGCUGUGAAGACCGGAAACGCCGAAGUAUUACAGCAAGAACUUACACUGACAUCUAUGAAGAAAUUGCUGUUUAUUCUGGUGGCUACUAUGUAAAGACUGAAAAAUAUGAACUCUCUAAAGUCCUGGGCAUAGUGGAGCUAUUCCUGAAUGCUGCCCCUGUUAAAGUGGCCUUCCAUCGUAUGAAUGGAGCACGGUUCUCCUUCCCAGUGGAUGAGACCCUCACAGAAAUCAGUGUCUCGGUCAAGAGUAUACACUCUGCCAGGGAUUUCAGCAUGACUGUGCUGCAGCCUUCAGGUGCCCCAGUGCAGUCCACUCACACCAUAAUCAACACAGACAAGCACAAGGUUGUGAAAGUGUCUCCUAUCAACAAGCAUGGGUUAUGGACUGUGGUUGUGUCUCCCAGAGGCUCCUAUACUGUGGAAAUCGGAGGCAAGAGCUUACUUGACUUCACCUACCAGAUCAUGAAAAAGCAGAAAGGAUAUGUGCUUCCGAUCCAGGGACGACCUGUGAAAGGGACAACCUACAUUGUCUCCCUGAGGCUGCUGGAGCACACGAAAGGAGCUCAGUUCCAGCGACUGGUAUCUAUUUCUGAUCAGGGGAUUCCCUUCACCUCUGUUGCUCUAAACCAAACCUCUGAUGCACUCGGCAAUGCCUUCGCUGUUGCUUCUUUCUCUGUUGAUGCUACGUCCUUCCUGCUGAGUGUGGAAGGCCAGUCUCCAGAAGGUCUGCCCUUUUCACGACUCAUCCCCAACCCCAUCUACAUGGAGAGUGUACACAUCGAGCUCAUGCCAGACCAAAACUUCACCAUAUUAUCUGGCCAGACCCAGGAGAUCUCUGUCUAUGUAAUGAACAGUGGAACAGGUGCAUCAUUCACUUUCAGUGCCUCGGAUAACCUGAAUUUCGUGAAAAAUUUCAACCCACCCCAAAAAUAUAUCAAUUCAGGAGAAAAAGCCAUCCUUACUGCAAGUCUCACAGUGCCUGCAGAAAGCAGCAAUAUUACCACCAGCAUCGUUACAUUCUCAGCUGAAAGCUUCAGAAGCCACAACUAUCUACAAGUGCCCGUCACUGUCGUCCCUGAAUCUGCCUUGGAAGUUGACCAGGUCCCACCAGUAUACAAGCUUUUACAAUUCACUAUGCCUUGCACGGCCAACAGCCAGUCCAGUCCCGACUGCUCUCACCACAUUUGGCGGAUGGCGUUUUCUGUUAAAGAUGAUCGUAGUGCAGUCACAGCACGAGUUAACUCAAAUCCCUCUGGGUUGGCAUGCUAUCCAGCAGAGGAUGAUGACGGAGGAAAGGACAUCAACUGUGACUAUAAUGAUGACGAUGUCUGCACGAAUAAAGCACAGUUUGAUGAUCCCCCGGAGUAG